CAUCAUUUUAUCUCUAAUUACGAUUAUUUAUAAAUGAACAAGUAUUCUUAUUCAAAUGGAUCCUCCUGUAUCUUCUUAAUACCAUAUUUUUUAUACUUAGAAAGUCGACGUUUAAACUUGAUUAAUGCAAAUAUAUAUAUAUAUAUAUAUAUAUAUACAUACAUACAUACAUGUAUAUAUGUAUGUACAAUUAGACUCCCGUAUAACGCAAUUUUCUACAACGCGAUAAAAAUAUUGGGACGAAUUUGUUUUAUAUAAAAUGUAUUCUCGUAUAACGUGCAAUAUAAAAAAAAAAAAAAAAAAGAAAAAAAACAAAAACAAAAAACAAAAGAAAAAAUUGCGCAAGUUUCCUAUGUUUACUUUAAUGAAGCAUAGAUCUCCAUCGCUACCGAUUUCUUUUGUUUCGUAAUUUUAUUGUUUUAUUGUUUUAUUGUUUUAUUUUUUCUUUUUAUCUUUUUUUUUUUUUUUUUUUUUUUUUUUUUUUUUCCACGGUCAUUCUGAACAUUUCCUAUAAUGCGAUUUCAUAAAAAGCGAAACGUAUAUUAACCGCAUUGCAUGUACGAAUAAUUCUAACGUGAAUUCUAUUCGUGAAUAGAAACGAUGACUCAGAAAAAUAUUACUAUUUAACGACGAUGCAUACAUUAAAUGAUUAGAAAUAAAUUGACGAUGAACAAAAAUUAUAUUCUAUGUGAAAUAAUCGAACGUGUUAAGAUCGAUAAUUAAUAAGUGAAAGGGGAAGGAUAAUGAAAGGAUAAAAAUUAAAAAGAGAAUUAUAAAUUCCGUACGAUGAAACGAAAGGUAAUCAUCGGUAGAGGUCAAAAGGUGAUACAGUAUCUCGGCAUUCCAUAUGCUCAACCACCGAUUGGACAAUUACGUUUCUCGAUACCAGUGACGGAUCCUUUACCAUCCUGGAAGGGAAUAAGAAACGCCAGCCAAUAUGGUCCAUCCUGUCAGCAGGUAUCAAAUCGUUUGAAACUGCACGAGAAGCUUUAUGCACGAUUACUACCACAUGACCAGCCUGAUCCGGGUAUGAGCGAGGAUUGUCUCUUUCUAAACAUUUUCGUACCUGACGGCAAACGUCCACCCGAAGGAUGGCCAGUAAUGGUUUGGUUUCAUAGUGGUGACUUUAAUACAGGAACCCCCAAAAUUUGGGACGCCUCGAUUUUCGUCACGAAACAGAAGGUAUUGGUGAUAACGGUGGCAUAUCGUUUGAACAUUCUCGGAUUCUUCACAACGACGGACGGCGAGGCACCAGGCAAUUACGGUAUGUUCGAUCAAAUUGCGGCUUUGGAUUGGAUAAAGAAGAAUAUCGAACGUUUCGAAGGUUCACCAACGAACGUGAUAAUAUACGGUCACAGUUCAGGCGCAAUAUGCGUUGGCUUACACAUGAUGAGUCCGCUUAGCAAAGGGAAAUUUUCAAAAGCCAUAGCUAUGAGUGGCGAUGCGAUUGGAUCGGUAGGUUCGCCUCAAACCGAGCUACCUGUCGUAGACUUUAUAGCUGAAAAAUUUGGUUGUUAUCGACAUCCGACAACGAAAUUGAUGGAAUGUCUACGUCGAGUGGACGUAUUGGUUUUGGUGAGCCUAUCAUCGGUAAUAGAGACUUGGGGGCCGAUCGUUGAUGCCGAAACAAAUAACGGUACCGAACCUUUUUUACCAGAACAUCCAAGGGAUAUACUAGCUGGUGGUAACUUCAAUGCGGUACCAUUUAUCGCUGGUUACACAAAAAAUGAACAAUCAUUAGCUUAUAUAGAAUCGAUGACAUCCGAUGAUGAUGAAUCGAGCGACGGUACUUUGUCCGAGAAAAAAUUCGAAAGUAUGAUAAUCGAAGAAUCGAACCUAAUCCUAAAUAAUAUAGAAGAUAACAGUACGUGUGUAAUGAAACCAGAGAUGUUGUCAGAUGCUAUUCUCUUUUAUUAUAAACCUUAUCCACCCAAUAACGAUCAAGGCGUCCUUAGGGACAAAUAUCUUGAUCUACAAACUGACAAAACUUUUGCCUCGGGUUUGACCUUACUCGCUGGCGAAUUAUCCAAACAGGAGACCUCUUACGUUUAUAGAUUCGAUUAUCGUCCGAAAACUGACCUUAUGGUACGUGACGUACCCGAAUGGGCUGGUGUCCCGCAUAUGUUUGACCUACCAUUCGUUUGGGGUUUACCCUUAACCACUACAGUCCAAUGGAACCCAGCCGAUAAAAAGAUGUCCGAAGUGAUGAUGAUGAUGCUAGCUAAUUUCGCUAAAACCGCUAAUCCGUCCUUGAACAAUGUCAAAUGGAAUCCGUAUACUAUUAAUGAUCCUGGGAUAUUAAUUAUCGAUAGAAAUGUCGAUAUGAACGAGCCGAACGUAAUAGAUUAUAGAGCAUUCGCAUUUUGGAACGAAUAUUAUCCAAAAGUUUUAGAAGAGGCAACUAAUAAUUGUUGCAACGUCACGACCUCGGCUGCAAACAAAUCGAAACUAUCUAUUGAAUUUUUCUUCAUAGUAAUGAUAAUAAAUAUCCCUAUAUACGAAUUGUGUUUUAUUCGUUAAAUAAUAUUUCUAAACGAUCUUCACGAAUUUUACGAAAUAAAACGUACGGAGAGAGAGAGAAAGAGAAAGAAAGAGAGAGAGAGAGAGAGAGAGAGAGAGAGAGAGAGAAAGAUAGAGAAAGAGAGAGAAAGAGAGAGAGAGAGAGAGAGAGAGAGAGAGAUAGGUUUUUAAUUUUCAAAAGUGAUUUUCAAUUUAACCCUCGAAGACUUACC